AUAAGUGGUAUAUUCGGAAAAUAUUGAAAUUCCAGAAUAGUUCUUAUCUUUCUCCCUUGGUGUGAAGCACUGAAAAAACGGUUGGUGCAGUAUUUAUUAAUGCAUGUCGAAGACAGGUACGCUAAUGUGUAUAAAAUAAAAUCUAACUUUCUUGCUUGCAGGUUUCAAUAAAAAAAAAACCAAUUACAUGUAUAAUAGGUAUUUUGUAUAUGAUGAAUAUGGACUUGCUUUAGUUUAGCCACAAUUGACGUGCAGAAUAUUAAUAUGAAUAAUAUGAUACCCAAUACAUACCAACUUAAAUGUUGGUUAAAUGUUUCAAAUAUCUAUAUCGUGGCAGUUUAAGUUAGCAAAAAUCACAAACGGACAAGACAGAAAUUGGAGAAUGAAAAGUGGCUACAGGAUUGUUGUGUGCACUCUCCUGCUGGAAGUGCACUAUUACCUAAUUACUGGGAAAAUCUUACGAUUAUCAUGUGGAUUUUAUUCCGACCUCUCCUUGUUUUAUAAAGAUUCCCGCUUAACGGUUGGAAUCCUUGACACUUACCAGGUAGAAGAUGAUCUUAGUUGCGUGAAGAAGUGCAUUUUGAAUGGUGCUUGUCAAUCGAUUAAUUACAAUGAUUACGCAAAGAUAUGCGAAUUGUUGAAAAAUACGACUGCUGAGGAUAACCUUGAAGCUACUUAUGCUACUAAUUGGACCCAUUAUGAAACUGAUCCUAAUAAUCAAGAGGUUGGAGAUGUUUGUUCCAGCACGUCGCCUUGCAAAGGGCAUUAUUGUGAGGACAUUUGUGAACCACCUGGAUUCAAUUGUACAUGCAGAAAUGAAACACAUGGGGAACGAUGUGAUAAACUGCAAUAUCCUGCAAAGUCGUGCAAGUGGAUAAAUGAAAAUCAUCCCACUUUGAAAAGUGGCUACUACUGGGUGCAACUGCAACAACCAACGUUAGUGUAUUGCGACAUGGAAACACUGGGAGGAGGAUGGACAAAAUUUGGCAACGUCGUGCAGAAUGGCUCAAUUCCAGAUCGAAAUCUUACAAACCUGAUCAAUUCAGAUAACAUCUCAUUACUCAAUGAUGUUUCAACGGGCAGGUUUCUCUUGACUGUGUCCGGUUUGGGUGAAUUACGAAAAUUUAUUAAUUUCACCCAACUUCGUUUCUACUGCCGCAAACCUUGGCAUAACAGAACGAUACAUAUUGCAACAACAAAUGACUUAAACGGUACAAAGGUAGUUGACUACUUUUCUGGCGUAACUGAGACUCGUCCUCCAUCAUGUCACUCCUAUGAAAUACUUCCCGACGAUACGUCUUAUAUUGCGUUAAAGUGUAUGGAAUGGAAUUCAAAAGUGUGGUCUUCUCAUCGCGGGAAAUCACUGUAUGAUCACUUUGUAUAUAUAAAUAUCAUGUCAAUUUGUUCGACCAAAGACUCGAAUGUGAUGAUCAUAAAAAUAAAAAUAAUCCAGAUUAUGAUUCUUUAGGAGAAUGGCGGUUUUUUGUGCGAUAAAAAGACAUUUAAAUUUCACCUUAUAAUAAGCAAAGACACACGAUAUUUAAAAAAAAUUGGCGUUUUUUGGAGGAAUGCUGUAAUUUAUAAAAUUUGCACUUUAAAAAGGGGUUUCAAUAAACGCAAUAAUCUGA